AUGAAAAACAAAGAGGCAUUUAUUCCAAAAGAAACGGUUAAGCGUUUGGCGACAAUUCACAUGACGACCCAAAACCUUCCAAUUACUGAUCUUUUGCUGUGCGAGUUUCACAAAUUCAUCAGCAAAAUGGAGAAUGGGUUGAAUCUGAAGGCAAUGGAUGCAGAGCAACUAAGAGAACAUGGCCACAAGAUGGUUGAUUUCAUUGCCGAUUACUACAAAACUAUCGAGAGUUUCCCUGUUCUCAGCCAAGUUGAGCCAGGAUAUCUGCGGAAGCUACUUCCCGAUUCUGCACCAGUACAGCCCGAAUCCUUGCAAGCAGUUCUUGAAGAUGUUCAAACGAAGAUAUUGCCAGGGGUCACCCACUGGCAAAGUCCGGACUAUUUUGCCUACUUCCCCUCUAAUAGCAGUGUCGCAGGGUUUCUAGGAGAAAUGCUGAGUGCAGGAAUUAACAUGGUAGGGUUUAGUUGGAUAACUUCUCCAGCUGCUACAGAACUUGAAAUGAUCGUUCUCGAUUGGCUUGCUAAUAUGCUCAAACUCCCUGAUGAUUUCCUUUCCACAGGGGCAGGUGGUGGUGUAAUUCAGGGGACAGCAAGUGAAGCUCUUCUUGUUGUGCUUCUGGCUGCUCGUGAUAAAGUUUUAAGAGAGAAAGCAUGCCAAAUAGCAGGAAUCCACCCGGAGAAUUGUAAGCUGAUAAGAACAGAAAUCUGCAAUGAGUAUGCUCUUUCUCCCGAAUCACUCACUGAUGCAAUCUCACAUGACCUUGCCUCUGGUUUAAUACCUCUUUUCCUUUGUGCGACAGUAGGCACUACAUCAUCUACAGCUGUGGAUCCUUUGCUAGCACUUGGAAAGAUUACCAAGAGGUAUGGAAUAUGGUUUCAUGUGGAUGCUGCUUAUGCUGGAAGUGCUUGUAUUUGCCCAGAAUAUCGGCAUCAUUUGAAUGGAAUUGAAGAAGCCGACUCAUUUAACAUGAAUUGCCAUAAAUGGUUCUUAACAAACUUUGAUUGUUCAGCACUAUGGAUAAAGGACAGACAUGCUCUCAUUCAAUCUUUGUCAACAAAUCCUGAGUUUUUAAAGAACAAAGCUUCCCAAGGUGGUACAGUUGUCGAUUACAAAGAUUGGCAAAUUCCUCUUGGACGCAGAUUCAGAUCAUUGAAAUUGUGGAUGGUGUUACGGCUUUAUGGGGUUGAAAAUCUUCAGUCUUAUAUACGAAACCAUAUCGACUUGGCUAAGCAUUUUGAACAUCUUGUUUCUCAAGAUCCACGCUUUGAGAUGGUUGCCACGAGGACAUUUUCGUUAGUUUGCUUUCGUGUUGUACCUGUCAACAAAAAUGAAGAUUAUGUGAACAAAGUCAACCGUGAACUUUUGGAUGCUGUCAACUCAUCCGGAAAGAUCUUCAUCUCUCAUACGGCUCUAUCGGGAAAAUAUGUCUUACGAUUCGUGAUUAAUUACCCGAGUUUUUCCAAAUAUGAUUUCCUCGGGUGUCUUUUGAAGCGUGAACCUGAAAGCGCUUACGGUUUUGGGUAUCUCUUUAACAUAGUUGAAGCCAGUACAGUAUUAAUAAAGCUUGGAGUUGAAAUGGCGGCUACACCCAUGUUGCCACCAAACUUAGGACCUGGAGAUGGAAAUGCUCCAGCAGCUCCGCUUCCACCAGGGACAGACAUGACCGGAAUAUGCUUCAGGGAUCAACUGUGGCUGAACACAUACCCACUUGAUCGCAAUCUUGUCUUUGAUUACUUUGCACUUUCUCCUUUCUAUGAUUACACAUGCAACAAUGAACAACUCAGGAUGCGCUCAAUUCAUCCUUUAGACAUCUCUCAUCUUUCUAAAAUGACAGGAAUUGAGUUCAUGGUGAGUGAAGUUAUGGAGCCCCACCUAUUUGUGAUGCGUAAGCAGAAGAGAGAUGGUCCUGAAAAAGUCACUCCAAUGCUUACAUACUAUGUGCUCGAUGGCUCAAUAUACCAAGCACCACAACUUUGCAAUGUCUUUGCAGCCCGAGUUGGGAGAGCUUUGUAUCAUAUAUCAAAGGCUUUUACUACUGCAGCCUCAAAGUUGGAGAAGAUUGGGCAUGACUCAGAGAAUGAGAAUGUGUCCCUUGAACCGAAGGCUGCUAAGGAGACUAUUGACUUUAAGGAAGUCAAACGAGUAGAUCAUAUUCUUGCCUCAUUACAACGCAAGCUUCCACCUGCCCCUCAACCGCCUCCAUUCCCGGAGGGUUACACACCGCCAUCAACUGCAGAAGGAGACCAAGGCCCCCCUGAAACCGACCAACCAGACCCCAAACUUCCUCUCGUGGACCCCAUCCUUGACCAAGGUCCCUCCAAGCGACAAAAAUACACUUAAUCAAAUUGUUGUAAUAUAUUCCCAACAGAUUAUUUAUUUAUUUAUUUAUUUAUGGGUGUUUGAGUAUUUGUUUAACUAUGCAUGCAUGGAUAUUUUUCUCGUUAGUUUUGGUUAGUCAAAAAGUUAAAAUGAGGUUAGUUGAGCUUGAGUCAAAAUGGAUAGAGACAGAGAGUUUAGGGUUUAUCAAUAUAUUUCUACAUAUCGUGCAUCGUUGUUAUAAUCUAAUGUAAAAGAUAUUGUUUUUAAUGUUUAAU